AUGGCUUUAUUCCCAUCAGCCUCUGCCCUCAAGGCUUCUUUCGAUCCUAACGGAGUUCACCAAAAGGCUUCUUCCAAGUACUGGAUUAGCUCUCCCAGUGACAAGGCCGCUGAAUUGAGCAAGGCUGCUCAAACUGAGCUCUCUAAGGCUUCUCAAGCCAUUGCUGCUGCUCCUAAGGGUAUUCAACUUUACUCUACUGAGUACUACCUUGCCUGUACUCUUGGUGGUAUUCUUGCCUGUGGUCCUACCCACGCUGCCGUCACUCCUUUGGAUUUGGUCAAGUGUCGUUUGCAAGUCAACCCCUCUCUCUACUCUGGUAACUUCCAAGCUUGGAAGACCAUUGUUGCUACUGAGGGAUUCGGUGGUGUCUUCACUGGUUUCGGUGCUACUCUUAUUGGUUACUCUCUCCAGGGUGCUGGUAAGUAUGGUUUCUACGAGGUUUUCAAGAAGACCUACUCUGACUUGGCUGGCGAGGACUUCUCCAAGAACUACAAGACUGCCAUUUUCUUAGCCGCCUCUGCCUCUGCUGAAUUCAUUGCUGAUAUCUUCUUGUGUCCUUGGGAGGCCAUUAAGGUCAAGACCCAAACCACCAUUCCUCCUUAUGCCACUUCUGCUCUCGACGGUUUCAAGAAAUCUAUUGCUGCUGAAGGUGUUGCUGGUCUUUACAAGGGUCUUUCUCCUCUCUGGGCUAGACAAAUUCCUUACACCAUGGUUAAGUUCGCUUCUUUCGAAAACACUGUCGUUGCUAUCUACAGUGCUCUUCCUAAGGAGAGACACGAGUACUCCAAGCUUGCUCAAACUGGUGUCUCCUUCCUUGCUGGUUACAUUGCUGGUGUCUUCUGUGCUGUUGUCUCCCACCCUGCUGAUGUUAUGGUUUCCAAGAUUAAUGCUGAGCGUCAAGCUGGUGAGUCUAUGGGUGCUGCUGUUUCUCGUAUCUAUUCUAAGAUUGGUUUCGGUGGUCUCUGGAACGGUCUCCCCGUCAGAAUCGUCAUGGUUGGUACCCUUACUGGUCUCCAAUGGUUGAUCUACGACGGUUACAAGAUCUACACUGGUAUUGCUGGUGCUGCUCCUGCUCCUGCCAAAUAA